UCCCAACACUAGCGUCCAGCUGUCAAAAUAAAAUUCUUCAAAUUUCACAACUGCUGCAUUUGGGUUCGAAAAAAUGGAAAACUGGGUGCGAGACACGCUCUCAAAAUGCCUGGACUGUGUGGUCACUGAUCAAAUGAUGUCAGCAAUCCUAAACAUCAAAGACGACUAUGACUUCGAUCAGUAUUUUGGAAAUCUGCUCAGCGAGGACAAUGAGGAACACCGGAUGUUUCUGCUAAAUUGCCGGAGAAUGCUCCUAAGUGGAAAACAACCCAGAAAUAAUGGAAAGAGUCGCACACCCACAAAGCAGACUCCGCCGCCUCCAAACAGCCAAGGCGCAAAGGGAAAGUCGGGAAAAUAUGUGAAUCUGUAUGCCAGCGAUGGUCGUGUCCAGGGGGAUACUAUUUUGCUGAAGGGCCGGCGGCACUGCAACUGCCAGGCCGCCCAGCACAAGCUGAUCAACAAUUGCCUCGGUUGUGGGCGCAUAGUUUGCGAGCAGGAGGGCAGUGGACCUUGCCUGUUCUGCGGCGAACCCGUCCGAACUCCGGAGGAGGAGCAGCAGCUGGCCAAGGCGGCACGCGAGAAAGGUGGUGCCGGUGGCAAACAGUCUGGCAAGCAAGGAAAGAAACAAGCUAAGGAAUCCGCCAAAGAAUCCUCGAAAGAAUCACUGGAAAAGGCCCUGGCCCAACGGGAUCGAUUGCUGGAGUACGAUCGGAACAGCGAGAAGCGAACCACGGUCAUUGACGAUGAGCUGGACUACUUCCAGGAAAAUUCCGUUUGGCUGAGCGACGCGGAACGUGAAAAGUUCGAGAAACUGAAAAGCGAGAUGCACGACAUGAAGCACGGCAGUCGGAUGAAGCGUAAAAUCCGCGUGGACUUUGCCGGAAGAGAAAUGCCCGAAGAACUGCCCAUUUCCAAGGAGUACGAGCAACAGGUGAUUAGCGAACUGGCGGCUGUGACCAAAGCAUCCGGCAGUGCCAACAACUGGAGCUCAUCCGGCCUGACGGGUCACUCGGCCAUGUCGCUGGCGCCCAACUUGGACAUGGCCAAGCCGCCGGUGUUCAAGGCCAGCAAGGAGGCGAAAAGCUGGCCGGUACCAUCCGCAGCCAGCGAUGGCCUGGAGAGGAUUUACAAUCGAGUGCAGGACAAGGAGCUGCUUGAAAUGCAGGACAUGCGCCAGUGCUUGUCGAUGCAUCAGCCCUGGGCUUCCUUGCUUGUGGCGGGCAUUAAAAAACACGAGGGUCGCGUUUGGUACAGUGAGCACCGUGGCCGGUUGUGGAUAGCUUCUACCGCCAAGGAACCGCAUGCCGACGACAUAGCCCAAAUGGAAGAGUUCUACCGAGCGCUCUACGAUGAUCCCAAUAUAAAGUUUCCAAGUCACUAUCCUACCAGUAGCCUGCUGGGCUGUGUCCAUGUGGAAAGCUGCCUGCCGCAGGAGGAGUACAGGGAUUUGUAUCCCAACGGGGAAUCAGACAGUCCAUAUGUGUUCGUCUGCACCAAACCUGAGCAACUGAAUCUGCUACUCCCCGUUCAGGGAGAGCACAAGAUCUACGAACUGCCUUUGAAAACCCACAAUGCUGCUUGCAAAACUCUUCUAAGAGCGCGGGCCAAAAAGGGUUAGACCAUUUUCCAAAAGUCUUAAAACAUUCGACUUCAUUUUGAGUGAAUAGCAAAAUAUAUAAUUUAGUUUUUACAAAAAACUCUUUUUUUUUGAACUGAAAUUUGAAAUUCAAAAAACCUCAAACAAAUUGUAUAAAGAAAAUAAAUUGUAAUUCAGUCGAAAAAUUGUAAUUUGAAAACAGUCCAAAUAGUUUAAAUCUUCCAAUAAGUAAUGCUAUUUUUUUAAUUAAAUAAAUUGGUAAAU